AUCCUUUGAUCAUUGAACAACUUACACUUAUUUCUCAUGACCCUAAACUAAAGUUUACAAGGUCAAAAAAAGGAGCUAUUAUUUCGGAUUUCCAUUAAUAAAAUAAUUUUUUGGAAUAAAAUAACAAUGGAUGAACACUUUUGUUGAAGCAAGGCCUCCCAUUUUACCCACUCUAUAGAUAGUAUAUACCCAAAGUUGAGCAACUAAAAAAGCACUUAUGUGAUUAAAUUUAAAUUAAGCAGAAGCAGCAAACAUAAGAAAGUGUGUGAUUUAAUUCCUUUAAAGGAAAUUAUUAAAAAAAACAAUGACAAUGGCACCAGCUGCAAUGAAGCAGAUUAACAAUGAGAAUCUGAAGAAGAACAGAAUUCAAGUUUCCAAUACCAAGAAGCCCCUCUUCUUCUACGUCAAUCUUGCAAAGAGGUAUUUACAACAACACACCGAGAUUGAGCUUUCUGCAUUGGGAAUGGCAAUCACAACAGUUGUCACAAUAGCUGAGAUUUUGAAGAAUAAUGGAUUUGCCAAAGAGAAGAGUAUUUUGACAUCUACGGUUGGAAUGAAAGAUCAAGACAAGGGCCGUACAGUCAACAAAGCCAGGAUCGAAAUCGUGCUGGAAAAAUCCGAAAAAUUCGACUCCCUAAUGAGCGCAAGCCAGGCGGCACAACCUAAACCGGCCGACGAAAAAGUUGUUGCUAAUGGAAAUGUUGUUGCCAAUGGAGAAGCUGAAAACAAGUAGUUAGUUAUAUAAUAGCAAGAAGAUUAUCUUAAUUAAUUCUCUUGUCGUUAAAAAAAAAAUGUCCAUUGCCAUAAUAGUAACAAUACUGAAAUUAUUUUCAGUAUUGGUAUGAGGAAUAGCUGCCAUUGUUAUUUAAAUUUUAA